GUCAAACCAAAUCUUAGCUCUUUAUUUAUAAAUUUCAGAAUGUCUCAGUUCCUCCUUUGUCUAUUUGGGAUUGAAAUGGCAUCUGCUUUCUAGGAUGACCCUGAGAAGAAAAAGCAGGUACAUAGGGACUCUAGCAGGAGCAUGUGCUUUGCUACUAUCAGCUACUGUGAUGACUGUUGCUAAAGAGAAUGUUCUAUGGCCACCAGGGUUAUUGCUGGGGCUCAGUGCCUGCAUAGCUCCACCCUUCCUGGUAGACAUUUCUUUUUCUUUCUUGUUGAUGAAGGAUGAGAGACAGGGGUGUCAGGCAGUGGCACACAUAGUAUGAAGCACAAGGACCAGUGCAAGGAUCCCAGUUCAAGCCCCACCCCUCACCAGCUCCCCAUCUGCAGGGGGGUUGCUUCACAAGUGGUGAAGCAGGUCUAUAAGUGUUGCUCUCCCUCUCUAUCCUCCCCUCCCACUCUCAAUUUCUCUCGGUCCUAUUCAAUUUAAAAAAAAAAAAAAGAAAAAGAAAAAGAAAAAAUGGCUUUGUAGUGCUGGCAUUGAGCACCAGUGAUAACCCUGUAGGUGAGGGGGAGAGAAGAGAAUGAGAGAUAGUAAAAAAUAAGGGAGAGAGACAGAAAAGGAGAGAGAUGGGAGAGAGAUAGCAAGAAGGAAAAACAUCUUCAGCACUGAUUGCUCCACUACUCCUAAAGCUUCUCCCUGCCCUGCUAAUUGGAUCCAGGGGCUUGAACCUGGGUCUUCUUGUGUGCUCUCUACCUGGUGGGACACCAUUUGGCCUCACUAAGGAACUCUCUUCUCACACUUAUUACUUUUGCCUAGUGCUUUAAUUUCCUCCCUGAAUGUGGUUGCUUACUUCCGAAAGAAAAAAUUCAUCCAGGGUUCAUUGGAAAGAUGGUCACCUGGAUGCAGAUUCCUUUUUUUAAAAAAAAGAUUUUUUUUUUUAGGUGCACAGUGCACCAGUCGUGGUCACCCAGACAGGCCGCCAUGCUGACCUGCUUCCUGGGGCUGGGGUACCAGCAACUGGCCCAGAACUGGGACCCCAUGGCCAGCAUGUGGGCCACAGUGUGUGCUGUGGGGCUGGUGUGGGCCACCGACUGGCAGCUGGUGCUGGACUGGGUGCCCUACAUCAACAGCAAGUUCAAGAAGGACUGAAUGCUGAGCGCCACCCAUUGUGACUGCCGUGCCCGUCCAUCUGUCAUCUGUCGUU